AGUCGAACUUUAGGUGAGAGACAAGACUCAGGGGACACCAAGUGGUCCGUUUCGUUCUUCAUCACGUUUUACUAAUACAGCACAACACAGCAUAAAAAGAACCUUUGGAGAAUUGAUUUUAGAAACAACAUACUACUACUAGACGAGACCUCUCAGGAGUUACAAGAUACAAUCACAGGAGAUAAUUCUUCAAUUUAGAUUUUCAAAUCAGAUUUAUACAACAUCAAACGAACACGAAAACAAUACAGAUCAAGACUAUAGUACAUCAGAUAAAGAAGAUCUCCACAUUGAACAGAAAAGAGUCUUUUCUCGUCCGUUUCAGUUUCACGCUUCAAAGAACGCAGUACGAAAAACGCAACAAGAUGUCCGUUUGCAAUAUUAUGGACUAAGUAAUCAGAAGUCUGAAGAUAACCAUACUUCUCGUAGAACUUUCGUAAAAAGAACCUGUGCGAGAACAUAAGAAUAUGUCGCAACAUACUUUUUGUAGAACCUGAGCACGAGUUGUAAUCAGCAUGAAGACGAAGAUUAUGAACUACGACAAGAACUUGAAAUAACAAGGUUAUUUCAAGAUAAGGGAAGACAGCCAAAUGAUCUCAGAAGCUUUUAGAUCGUUUGGUUGUGCUUGUAAGUGUCGUCUCGACUCUGAGACUUUUUCAGGAAAGUGGAACGACUUAUCGUUCCAAGAUACUUACUACGAAUAGAGAGACUUUUAACGAAAUCGAAAAAUAUCGUCAUUCAAGACACGAGUCUAUAUUCGUCAUCUUCUGAAAAGAAAGACCCACUAGGGUCUAUAACAAAAGAAGCACUAGUACUAGGGGCCGUAAGGGACCAGCAGGGGUAGCUGAGAACUUUCCUGCACGUGCUUAGAGACUAGGGUCAGCGGAAUAGUCACGCAGCAGUUUUAUAAUUUUUUGAAAAAUUUAGAUUUUUGAGAAGCAUUUACAUUUAGAUUUUUUAGAAGCACUCACUGAGGAUUUUUGAAGAGAAACACUUAGAAUUUUUAGAGCUCGAUCGUGCUACUGAGUUCUAAAAAUUCUAACUACCUAGAGUGAGUUCAGAAAAUUCAACCUCAACCGCUACUCGACAUGUGUCGGGCUCGCCAAUACCUACUCGUACUCACAACUAGGUAUCUAUAAAGAUGUUGAGUAUAAUCUGCUAGCAUUUCUAUCAACUACUCAGUGAAAAAAGGAAAACCCUCAUGAGUACUAACACCUCUCCGCGAACUUAAUGACUCGAGAGAGAUCGACAGGAGUUGGUUCACGGCAAGGAGACCUCUUAUCUUGAGACAGCAUCGAUCUUGGGGAUUUCUUGUCUACAGACCUCUUAUCUUGAGACCUCCCAUCCUGAGUAGACUCUUCACGACAAGGGUGGAGCUUCAGCUCUAAUCGGAAGCUGUUCCUCCUCGCUCCUGUGUUGGUGGGUGCCAUUACGCCGCGUGUCGAAAAGAGUGUGGCACGCAUUCCCUCUAUCGGAGGUACCAAUGAUCUUAAGAUUUCUUAGUAUGCGUCUAUUGGAACUCUUGGAGGUACCAAUGAAGAUCUCAAGAAUUCUUAGUAUCCGUCUAUUGGAAUUCUUGGAGGUACCAAUGAAGAUCUCAAGAAUUCUUAGUAUCCGUCUAUUGGAAUUCUUGGAGGUACCAAUGAAGAUCUCAAGAAUUCUUAGUAUCCGUCUAUUGGAAUUCUUGGAGGUACCAAUGAAGAUCUUAAGACUUCUUAGUAUCCCUCUAUCGGAGGCACGGCCAACAUUUUUAGAUCGCUUAGUAAGUAUCCUAUUCCGGUUAUUGGAAGUACAACCAAUCUUGGGACUCCUUAGCAUGAAACGCAUUGUGCGUAUUGGAAGAAACCCUUGAGAUUUCGGAGAGAUCUUUAGACUUUUUAGAAGAAAUGAAUGAAUGAAAGUGACAGUCUUCACUGUCAGAGUUUUUUAGAAAGGAUUUGGAUUUUCAGAGGUCUUUAGACCGGGUUUCCUUGGAUAGAGCCUUUUGAUUCUUUUUGAGCGAUAUCUACUUUAGGUUUUCCUUUGAGGAAACAGCAAAAAGCUUGAAGAGGGGGCUCAGUUCUUGAAUCAAUUAGUCCUCAAAGAGGACUCAUUUCUUUAGAAUUUUUUAGAAACAGUAACUGACUCCUUGGUAUGUAUCCUUCAUCCGCGGCGCGGGUAGUGCAUUAAGUUUAAUGAGUGACUUCUUUUUCGCAGUAGCCCAUAGAGCUACUGUUUUGGGACACUCUUCGUCACAUAGUGGGAAUCGAUUGAUUAGUACCGGGGAUGGUUUACGUUUAGUCUAGAGAGUUAGGUAGUUAGAUUUUUUAGAACAGAGUUCGGACUUUUAGAUUUUUUAGAAAUAGCCUCAGCCUACUCACCCGCUUUCUCAGAGAGAAAGCGUUAGAUUUCGCCCUCCAAAUUUUUUACAUCGUUGGAAGACGGCUUGCCAUUUCUUGGGAUGUGUUGACGUUGUAAUCAACCUCUUUUAGAUCCUCUAAGCACUUUUUUAGGAAUGCAAUCUCAAGACCAGAAGCCAUCUAAUUAUCCAACUUAAAAACAAGAACUGCGCGCAUUUGCGCUUAAUAAGAGCGUAAGUAGUAGUCUUUGCGUUUUUCAACUCUCAGGUGGCGACGUUUUGGUGCGUGACUUUUUUCCGAAAAAAAAUGGUCUCCACAGUGCGGCCGGCAAGAUUAUGGCAAUGAUGUUACAUCGGGUUUCUAAACUUUCUACAUCGGAAGUAGGAGGGUGCUGGUCUUCUAGAUCCUUAAAGUGGGUACAUUCAUUCGCCCACUCUACAUUAGUAGAAUUCGCUGAGGCUCUACAUCGUUUACCUUCUCGUUCUCAAUCGGAUUCUAAAUUAUCUAAAUUAGCCUAAGUAUCUAUGAGAUUAGGGGUUCUUCCCUAGUACGAGGGCCCUUCACAUAUAAUAAAAAUUAGGCCUUCUUCGUGUGUUUUCCUUUUCUUUUGCUUGAAUCUUACCAAUUACCUAGCUACCGAAAACCUUACGCAUAUCUUUCCUACCCACCUCCUACCUGCCUGCUCUUACUUACCUACUCUUACUUGCCUCCUACUCUUACUUGCCUAUUCGUACCUACGUAUCUGAAAAAGUCUUACCUCGCUCCAUGAUGAGUGAAUAUUAUGAAUGCCUUUCCUCAUCCUCACUGACCCUAGUACAGCCUACCUUCGUUAUUCCUGAUGCUACAACCCGAACCCCUUUCAUAUGUUACCAUCGCCUAAAAGUUGUUGGCAGUGCGGGCAAGACGGGUACGGCCGUGGUUCUCCUGGACACCGAGUCGCGCUACGAAUUUUCUGAGCCUUAUGGUGGGGUAGUAUUCCCAUACUUAGUGCAUGUUGUAUUCGAAAUCUUAAGACAAGCAAGUAAGUUCAAGAAUAGCGUUCUAAGUUAGUAGCUCUCUGAGAUCACUUUACUCGGCUAUUUUAAUUUCUCGAAUCGCUUGCACAUGGUUGUACUCUGAUGACAUGCACUUACAUGGCUGUUGUACAUAGUUGGCAUAUUUAGUACAUAUGCAUGUAGUCGUGAUUAGUGCACAGUUCUUGUACUCAGAUUGAUGAUCUACAACGGAGGACCUUCUAUGAGACAGUAUAUGAUAGAGGUAGUUGCAUUUACUACAUUUGAAAUGUACUCCAACAUCUUCAGUUGGAGUUGUAUACAUGGGUGUGAAUGGUUCUGGUAUUUGGUUACCUGAAUUCGAUCACAAGGAUUCUCUUCCUGUUUUCCCUUAUGAUCAAAAUCAGGCUACCAAAUACCAGAUGGGCCAUCCAUCAGCUGGAGUUGUAUACAGGGGUGGCGAAAUGUUAAAUCAUCUGUAGUUAAAGCAUAGACGAGACACCAGCUCCUGUGAAGCGUAGGUGGACUGUUGCCUGUUGAUGGUUUUGUUGAGCUGCUUUUGGUUGAGAGAGUAAAUACAUUUAGAUUUUUUAGAAAUUUUAGAUCAACAGGAAGGCUAGACUUACUUUGGCUGUGAACUUUGGCAGGGUGAUUUCGAUCAUUGGGGUUGCAUUGCUGCGUACCCUUCUGAUCGAAAUCAGGGCACAGAAUUCCCUGGAAUAGACAUGAGCGCUCGCCUCCCCGUAGGCGAGCUCGCUCCCAACUCAUAUCCUAUAGGUGCCAGGUAGGAGCUGGAGCUUGCGCGCCGAGCGCCCUACUUUCAGAAUGUUUUUGAGAAAGAGCUUGCAGAAUUUUUUUAAGCAUGAUGUGAUGGCUUUGGGAUUCGGAAUCUGUGGUGGGUCUUAGAAGUUUCAGGAACGUCCAGAAACAAGAAGUGACUUUUAGAACUUCCAGAAACAAGAAGCGGCUUCUUAGAUGUUUUAGAAGUAUGCUAUUCCUAUUGCUUCUUAAGGUUUCACUCACAGGUUUGGACUCCCGAGUUUUGUGUACUGAGUCUAAGGAACGGCUUUUAGAAACAAGGAAUGACUUUAGAAGUUUUGGACAAACGGAGUGGUUUUCAGAAUCACAUGAAUUUAACGCGCUCCUAUAGAGGCACCCUGUCCUAUCCCUUGGAAUUUUCUAAGUAGAAAAACCUAGACCGUUUUUUACUUUUUUUUGGUAGUACAUGUCAUUACUUGAUGGUCGCACAAGUCGACAACAAUAGCUACAUAGGAGGCGCCAUGACAUGGCAACUCCAUCCUCUCGAAAUUUAGAAGUUCCAUCCUCUAAAGCUUCCGCGUGGGUUUGUUGGAGCAUUCGCGGAGCGAAGCUGAAAGCGCGCUCGAUAUGGAACAAAAGCGCCUGCUCUCUGCCAUGGACCAAACGCGUACUUUCUUAUUUUUGUAGACAUUAGUUACGUACCUUCUUUCAGGACUCGUUGGCUCCACCUCGUCUAGGCUUUGAAAGGAUAGAAAUAAGCGAGUACUAGCCUGAAUAAAGAAAGAGGCUAGGUGUCUCACGACUACUCUCCAGCUUGCUCGCUUAUUUCGGCUCCUUGCUUAAAAAUAGGCUAUUUUGUACUAAAAAUAUUAGGCUUAAGUAGUCAAUGUCAAACUUAGAGAGCAAUUAAAUCUGCUCAAUCUCUUUCGCUUUUUAUGAGAAGGAGUAAAAAGACAAUCUUCGUCAACACUACGCGAAUGGGUACAUCACUACUAAUACUACUUUCUCAUGUAGCAGAUUAAGACAAUCUCCCUUCUUGCAGGCACCACGAUGACUUCCUAUCUGGAGUUCGACGAGCUGGAUUGUGGUACCACUCCGAGCAACACCACUUACUACAAGGACAAGAACUACUUAUGGCUGAUACUCUAAAUUUUGAAUUCGCAUCGAAGAUCUAAUAGUUCUUUCUCUCUCUCUCUCUGAUAUUUAAUGAUAUUAAUUUUUUAUUAUACUCGUCAUUUUCAUUUUUUUAUACAAUGCAAACACCUCUUCCGCCCCUGUGCAAACUUCAGACGUACCCCUGAACUGAGUUUGCUACUGCUACUACUACUCCUACGACUACUACUAUCAUCUAAAUUUCAAAAUUUGACUACAUCGCUCUGAUUCUGUUCUAUAUUUCAAAAUGUGAUUACAUCGAUCUGAUUCUGUUCUAGACUUUGUUUAUACUCUCUUUUUUCGUUACUGAAACAACUUGUUCGUCUCCUUCCUUCGCGAGUAGACACUAGGUCGUAAAUACUUUCCGUAUCGGAAAUCUGGAGUCUUAGUACUCGGUACGCGCAUUGCGCUUACGCGCGUUAUAUAUGACUCAGGGCCGGACGGCCUCCCCUCCCCCCCCUGUGGUCUGGGCUGUGGUGGUGCGCGGGCGCGCUUUUCCGCGCGGAUUUUUCGCGGAUUCUAGUGGUGGAAGGCGUCAAAACUUGGCGCGGGCCUCCCCUUGGGCCUCUCAGCGUAUUCCUGAGGGGCCUCCUGGCCUCUGCUGACCCUCGCAGGCGGGAGGCUUCCGGGGGAACAGGCCAGCGAAGGCGGCGACGAUCGCAAGAGCACGCAAGCCGAUGACCAAGGGCCCGGAGGGUACAGGCGGCACGGCUGCGGCGGCGAAGCUUAAUGGAUGCACUUAGGGCACAAGCAGGCACCUGGGCGGGGGCACAGGUGGUUCCUUUGGCCCCUUUUGAAGCCUCCCACCACCAUCGGAGGCCCCUAGGGAACAGCCAGGCAGCUGGAAGAGAGCGGGGGGGGAGGUCACUGGGCCCCCUUUUGAGGCCUUCGCCCCCCCCCGGCAGACGCCUGAAAAAGGGGCCCAGGGCGCCCGCCCCCCCCCGCUAGGGGGGCGUCGCCCCGCGCCUUGGUACAUGUAUAGCCACAAGGUUGUGCGUACUGCGUACUGUACCUAAGUUAUUUAUUCUAUUAGUAUCGAGUCUGGCUCUGGCACCGAGUUCGUAACCCUUUGUGAAGUUUCUUGCUUGAGAACGGAGGAGCCACGCUUUUACCAGCCAUUGUCUCCGCUUCUUGUUAGUUAGCCUCACGGCUUUUGAGCUGUUUUGCUCUAAUGCACAUGACGCGAACUGGCACAGAACCCGAAAUCCGCGCUGUCAACCGCUGCGCGCUGGCCUGCAGCGAAAUGGCGGCCACCGACUGUGGCGGCUUCGUUUUCGUCAAGAAUGGUCCGACUUUAUUUGUUCUUCUUCAUGUUCGUGUUACAUUUUUAGGAAGAGCCUAAAUUUAUAUUUUUGAUUUGGUGUUUGAUUGACUCUGUUGUCAUGGUGUCUUAUGAUUAAUUAGGCCUGGUGGUUUCCUGUUGCUCUCCGGACAUGCAGCGCCUGCAUGACCCGCAGCGGGUCAAGCGAAGGUGCCUGCAAGCUGGGCCGAGUGUCUCGCAGCUCGCCGCGCUUGCGGGGUGUCUGAGAUCGUCCCUGGGGCCAUCCGUCAUGGGCCCGCGCUGGCGUUUGCCGCCGGCGUUUUCCAGUGUGCUCCCCGUCUGGGUACGUGCGCGACACCCCCUCAAGCGGUCGGCAAUUGCCUGAUCGCAACGAGGCAGCAGGCCUGCGACCAUGGUCGGCCAGCGUGAACCCGCUCCCUGUGUGGGCGUGUGUUCGGCGUGGCUUCCGUGGUUUGUGUAUUUGUCACCAAAGAGCCCUGCGCCGCGUGUCGGUCCUUCUGUUGCUCUGGUGGUUUAUCCGCAUUGCCUUGCCUUUGGCUUGUGUUCUCGCCGACUCCUCGCUCUGGCGGGCCUCUCUUGGCUGGUCGUCGCCUUCGACUCCAGGAUUGUGAGCCCAGCGGGGAUCCCCGAUGGAGGCUUCGCCGGAGUGGUGCCGGGAAUCGUCGAUGGAUUUGUCGGGGGGUGUGUGUCUGGCUGCUGCCUCGGCUCGGUGUCGGUUGUGUAUAUUAUAGCUGAGGUGGGCCUUCUGGGUGUGCCCACGCAAUCGUGCUUGCGGGGCAGUGUCUCGAUGUUGUUGGCAGUGUGUUCUCCGUGCUGUCUGUGUCUGCUUUGUGUAUGUGUUCGUUUGCGUGCUUGGAUGUGCGUGUGCCUUCGAGGCUGGCUGCGUGGUCGUUUGUUUUUUUUGCCUCAGGGCGCGGGCGCUGCUUGCGUCUCCCUUCUUCCCGCGCUUAGCAACCUUGUAGGAAUGUCCUGUCCAGCCACCUCUAGGAGUUUAGGCGCCUGAUUCGUUUCGGAUUCGUUUCCGAAUUCGUUCAGAAUUUUGAGCGUUUGGCACUUUUUGCGGGGUUUUUUCGGUUUUUUAUUUGGCUUGCUGACUUUGCUCUCGCGGGCGCGGCCCGCGUUGGGUUUUCUUCGGUUUUUUUUUGAUUGAAGUGGGAGGCUUGAGGGGCAAAACUUCGCCGGUGUUUUUGGGUGUUGCUUAAGGCCGUCGGCUGCGGACUUUUGCAGGCAGGCCCCAAGGGCUUGACAGGCUUGGGAGCUGCCGCCUGCGUAGGUUUAACGAUGACCGUGCGACGCCUUGCCCAGGCAGGCGAGCGGCGCGAGGGUGAUCGGGCAGGCGUUUCGGGUGAGUAGGGUCGAGGGCUUCGGGGGGCCUCUUUGAUUGUUUCUGGCUUUUUUCUGCUUUCGGUUGCAGCAUGGUUGCGGGCUCAUUGCCGGGCGCUUUUGACUGACCGCGUCGGGGGUGGGCUGGUCAGUGUGGUGCUCAGGGUUUUUUUUUAUGGCGGCGCGCGUAUUCUCAGGCGCUCGGCCGAGCUCGUGGCCCAGGGAAGCGCCAAAAAGUUCAGCCGGCUGCAGAAGGUGCCGCCCACAGAUGGAGCCACGUUUUUCUGUGUGUGUUUGAAAAUUGCCGCCGCCGCUUUUUGCUUCAAAUGUAUGAUGGGAAAAGCUUCCACUUUUUUCGGCGUGUCCGCAUGACGCGGCGAAGGCUUUGGGCGCCCUUUUUUGAAGCAAAAGUAAGGCGGCGGCGGUAAAACAAUUCGCAAACAAGCGGGGGCGGAGCAGAAGGCAGCGCGAGAGCGCUGGACCUUCUCAGCCUUGUCGCAUAUGCGCGCGCUGUUCUUCAACUCCUACCGAAGCCGAAGUGGGCGCUGAGGGGCCGGGCUUAUUGAAUAGCAGGCCUCGCCCUGCAUAUACUGCCCAGAACUCGGCAGCGGCACAGGCUCUGGCUCGCUUGGCGCUGCCUUGGGCUUGAUCUCAUUGAUUUAUUUUGAUUUGCCCGAGCCCGUGCGUCACAACUAACACACGCGGGCGGAGAGGAGUGGGGGCGGAGCAGAAAGCACAGCGAGAGCGCUCGCUGAACCUUCCCAGCCUUGUCACCCGCGCGCGCGCUUUAGGCUGAACCACGUCGAGGCGCAUAGGCGCCCGAUUCGUUUCCGAUUCGUUUCUGAAUUCGUUCAGAAUUUAUUUUGAGCGUUUGGCGCUUUUUGUGGGGUUUUUUUGUUGGCCUCUUGGCUUUGCUCCUGCGUUGGGUUUUCUUCGGUUUUUUUUUGAUUGAAGUGCGAGGCCUGAGAGGCAAAACCUCGCCGAAGUUUUUGGGUGUUGCUUAGGUCUGUCGGCUGCGGACUUUUGCAGGCUUCAGGGGCUUGGCGGGCUUGGGGGUUGCUGCCUGCGUACGUUUAACGAUGAGCAAUAACUUUAAGCAAUGACGACCAUGGGACGCCUUGCCCCGGCAGGCGAGCGGCGCGAGGGUGAUUGGGCAGGCGUUUCGGGUGAGUAGGGUCGAAGGGUUCUGGCGGCCCCUUGGGUUGUUCGCGUCUUCUCCUGCUUUUCGUUGCAGCAUGGCCGCGGGCUCUUUGCCAGGCGCUUGCGACUGACCGCGCCGGGGGUGGGCUGGUCAGUGUGGUGCCCAGGGUUUUUUUAUUGGGGGCGUGCGUGUUCUCAGGCGUUCGGCUGAACUCGUGGCCCAGGGAAGCGCCAAAAAGUUCAGCCGGCUGCAGAAGGUGCCACAGAUGGAGCCGCAUUCUUCUGCGCGUGCUCGAAAAUUGCUGCUGCAUCUUUUUGGUCCAAUCAAACAAAAAACAAAGCAAGGGCGCCCAAAACCUUCCUUCGCCGUGUCAAGCGGGGAAGCCAAAAAGGGCCGAGGCUUUCUCCGUCUCUUUUUUUGGUUUCUGUAGGCGGUUCAAAGUGUCACCUUUUUGGCACCCUCUGGGCGCUUUUUGUGCUUCUUUUUCGGCUGUUUCUAGUGUGGUUCCGCGAUCUCCAGGCCGCGGCCUUCUCGGCUGCGAUCUGGGGGCCCCAAAUUCGUUUCAAAUUCGUUUGGAUCCAUUUCAAACGGGCCAAAAAUAGAGCGCCCAGCGCACUAGAAUCGGCUUCGUUGGUUUGGAAUUGAUUUGAGACGAACUCUGUCACGGAUUUGAAACGAAUUCCGGAUCCUCAGAUCGCGGCUGAAACCGCCUGCGGCUUGUAGAUUGCGGGACCGCACUAGAAGCAGCCGAAGAAGAGGCGGAAAAAGUGCCCAGAAGGUCCCAAAAAGGUGGCGCUGUUCAGUUUCAGCCACCGCCUACAGAGACCAAAAAAAAGGCGGGAAAGGUCUCCCCUCUUUUUGGCUUCCCCGCAUGACAUGGCGGAGACAUUUGGCGCACUUUUUUGAAGCAAAGCGCGGCGGUGGCAAUUUUCAAACACGCGCAGAAGGGUGCGACUUCAGCUGCGACCCUUUCGGCAGGAGCCGGCUGAACUUUUUGGGUUUUAUUUUUCUGGUGAGGCAAGGCGCAGGAGCAUACGCGCGCCGGCACUUGAAACGCCUCGCGUGCUUCACUGGCUGGCGCUGGCGUGCUGCGUCGGCCGGGUCAGGUGUAGCCGCUACUUCCAGGCGUCAGCUUGUUUGGAAGCUUCCAAGGGGCCAAGGAAUGAACAGGGGAACAAGCGGACGGCGGGCGCCUCCUAUCAUGGUCUUCGCCUUUAUUCACCCCAGGCGUCAGCCUUUGCGUGGCUCGUUUGCUUGCGGUAUAGUUUGGCGCGCCGACACGCUUGCGCAGGCUAGCAGGUGCCAGCCUAGCUGGCCUCCCUUAGGUGAAGCGGCGGCCGCUUGCUGCGGCAGCUUGCACCCAGUGAAGCAAGGACAGCGGGGGCGCCCUUUCAGCUUGAGCCAGACAGAGCAGCCAGCCAAAUGCUGCCAGAAAAAGCCCACCGAGGCACAGGCUGAAAAUGAGAAAAAAAAGACGAGAACCACCGGGGAAGGCCCCCAAAUUGUGAGAAGCUUGAACAGCUUCGGCGUCCUCUGUGAAGAUCAAACCGAAGGCCCUGCUUCGUCCCGGAGCUGAUGAGCAAGGGCAGGAUCAGGACAGGAAGCAGGGCACGCGGCUGGUGCUGGUGCUGGCAACGACCGAAACAAAAAAGGCAAAGGCAAGAAGGGCGCGACGGGCAAUUUCGGCGGCUUGGUGAAAGGGAAGAAAGGCAAGAGUAAGCAGGCGCGCGGUGGCAAGUGAGGAGCCACAGGGAAAGAAGGACUCGCUGAGGAGCUGAGCGCGAAGGUGAUGAUGCUAGAUUUCGCCACUUGAAAGAGCUAAAAGGCGGCCUUACCUGAUUUCAGCAAAUGCGUACACAAGAGCUAUCGUCUGCAUGGCAGUCCGUCCCCGGCAUUGUGGGCGUGUUGUAUCUGUCCCACAUGUCAACACUGAGCGAGAACAAGACAAGGGCACCCCCCCCCGCUAACCCGAUGGGCACUAAUGACGCCAGAAGGGCCUACCAAUGUUGUGGGUUCUAUUGGGCGAAAAUGGUGGCGAGCUGCAGCAUGCUAAUGCGUAUGAUUUCGGAAACGAAUAGGAAACGGGUCGAGACGAGUCUAGGGACCUCGAGGCGGUUCUUUCUGAGCGCUGUCCUUCAACUUCUACUGAAACCGAAGCGGGCGCCGAGGGACCGGGCUCAUUCUAAGCUUCGCACAUACUGCCCAGGACUCGGCUUCAGCGCAGCCCUUGGCCUGGCGCUGCCGGCCCUGGGCUUGGUCUCAUUGCUUUGGCUUUUCUGGCCUCGUGCAUCACAGCACCCACACGCGGAGAGGAGUGGGGGCUGAGCAGAAGGCAGAACGAAAGCGCUGGGCCUUCUGUCUCAGCCCUGUCACAUGUGCGCGCGCUGUCCUUCGACUUCUCAUCCGGAUGGCUUGAAGCUGGAUGCAGGUCUAAUCUUUUCUGCCUCUGUUUUUCGGCUAUUUGCAGGGCUGUCCUGCACCGGGAGGGACUUUGGGGGAGUCAGUCUUUUGCUCGCUGUGUCGGCGUAAAGUCUCUGCUUUAUUCUUGCGAGGUUACCGGCGGGCCCCCUCUAGUUUGUUGGCGGGUUUGCCUUUUGGGGCGCGCCUCGAGGAGCCCGCCCCCGUCUGCCCCCCAUCUUGGCAGCGUGUGUGGGGACGUAUUCGCGGGGCUUUGCUGCGUGGGGCAAGGGUAGGCUGUGGCUGCUUGUUGAGGCUUCGGGCGGGGCCUUCAGCCUCUCGCCGUUCGUCGGUUGGUUCUAUUUGGGUUGGGGGUUGUGGUCUAUUUGGGAGUGAGCGGUUACUUUUUCGGGGUCUAUUUUGGUUCUUUUUGGGAGAUUAUUUGUGGUCUUUUUUUCGGUUUUCCAGUCCCGUUGUGGACUUGGAAAAAAGUCUAUCUCAAAGGGUAUGCAAAAGUCUACUUGGGGUCUAUUUGGUUUCUUAGGCUAUAUUAACCAAAAUCGGCCGUGGCCGAGUUGUAAAAUUCGGCUGUGGCCGCUGACCAAAUAGACUCCCAAAGAGCGCCUUAAAAGUAGAGAACUGCGAAAGUUUUCCGAAAUGUAAUGAAGCAGGCCGUUUCCAGUUCUGUCUCGAGGAUGGUGGCCGGGCGGUCGCUCGUCUGACGGUUGGGUCUGGCAAAUAGCCGGACACCUCACAUCUGAGCACCCGGUGGCGCAGUCGUGUUGGGUCUCGGCUUUUGUGGGGUUCGGCGCUCUGCAGGGGUGGCCUGCUGAGCAGUCUCGGCUCGAGGACCUCCAAACGCUCUCGCGGGCGUUGUGGUGGUUGUUCCAGGCAUGUCCGUCGCCCCUUCGGGUCUAUUCGUAAAUGGUUUCGGCAUGAUAGCCCUUCGCGUGUUCAUCAGGGGGCGACGGUGGUCGCCGUGUGUCUGCCCUCAGUGCUGUCGCUGGUUGGAGCAGGUGGAGCGAAGCGCCCACCAAAUAGCCCCGCUAUUAGCCGAAAAAGAGGUGGCAAUCAAAUAGUCAGCUUGGGCGCCUCCGUGGAUCCGGGUGAAACUUCUACGGGAACGGAAGUCGGCGCUGAAAAGCCGGGCUUCGUGUUGGCCUUGCGUAUACCGCCCAGAACUCAGCCUCGGCGCAGCCUCUGGUCUGGCGUUGCCUUGGGUUUGGUCUCAUCGGUUUGAUGUGCCUGGCCCCGUGGAUCACAACACACGCGGAGAGGAUUGGGGGCUGAGCAGAAGGCAGGGCGAGAGCGCUGGACCUUCUCAGCCUUGUCACCCACAUGCGCGCGGGCUGUUCUUCAUUCAACUUCUACCGCGACCGAAGUGGGCGCUGAGGGGGCAGGCUGAUUAUAUUGCAGGCCUUGCAUGUGCUGCCCCGUAUUCGGCUUCGGCGCCGCCUCUGGUCUGGCGCUGCGCUGGGCUUGACCUCAUUGAUGUGAUUUGCCCAACCCCGUGCACCACAACACACGCGGAGAGGAGUGGGCGUUGAGCAGAAGGCAGAACGACAGCGAGAGCGCUGGGCUUUCUCAGUCUUGUCGCUUCACGUCCAUGCCUGCGCGCGCGCUGUCUUUCAACUUCUACCGCGGCCGAAGUGGGUGCUGAAGACCUGGGCUUAUUGUGGGCCUUGUAUAUACAUACUGCCCAGAGCUCGGCUGCGGCGCAGCCUUGUCUGCCCCUGGUCUGGCGCUGCCCUGGGCUUGGGUUGAUCUCAUUGAUUUGCCCGGCCCCGUGCAUUACAACACACGCGAAGAGGAGCAGGGAUGGGGGCUGGGCACGGAGCAGCAGCAGAACGCAGGAGAAGCAGAGCAGAACUUUGCCCCCUGUUCACUUCUCACCUCAGCCCGGGCCUGUUCUUCGGCUUCAGUUCAGCUCAAGCGUGUGGGCGCUGGGGCGUCGGGCUUACUGUAAGACUAGGCCUUGCAUAUAUUGCCCAGAAAUCGGCCUCGGCGCAGUCUCUAGCCUGUCUCGUCUGGCGUUGCCUUGGGCUUGAUCUCAUUGAUUUGCCAAACCCCGCGCAUCACAACACACGCCCGCGGAGAGGGGCAGGGGCUGGGGCUGAGCAUUGAGCAGCAGCAGACCAGAACGCACGAGAACCAGAGCAGAAUCCUGGCCCCUGUUCCCUUCUCGUCUCAGCUCCCUCUGGCUUGUUCUUCGGCUUCAGCUCAAGCGCGUGGGCGCUGAAGAACCGGGCUCACCGUAAGCCUUGCAUAUACUGCCCAGGAUUCGGCGCCAGCGAGCGCAGCCUCUGGCUUGGCGAUGCCUUGGGCUUGAUCUCAUUGAUUUGCCUAACCUUGUGCAGCACAACACACGCGGAAAGGAGCAGGGUGGGGGCUGAGCACUGAGCAGCAGCAGAGCGCACGAGAACCAGAGCAGGGCUCUGGCUCUUGUUCACUUCUCACCCCAGGGCCCUCCGCACUGCUCUGGUGGUCACUCAUUAGCUUGGCGCAGUUCACGCCAUCCCGUGCACCAGAUCACAUUUGGGGGGGGUCGGCUGAGGAGUCGGACCCAGACUGGAAUGGGCGCGGAGCAGAAAGAGACCGCUGGGCCUCACCUUCUCAGGCUUGCUCUUCAACUUCAACCCAAGCGGGCGCCGACGAACCGGGCCCAUGCUCCAUCGUCUUGCGCUGCUCCGAAUUCGGCGCAGCCUCUGGCCUGGUGCUGCCUUGGGCUUGAUCUCGUUGGCUUUGCUUACCCCCUCCUUCCCUUUGUCACUUCACUCGGACACGGCCGGGCAGUUCUUCUGGCUAAAAUCUGGCUAAAAAAUUUCUAAUUUUCGGGGUGUCUGCUCGUUCGGCUUGUGUGGUCGUGGUGUUUGGGGUCACUCCUUUUUUUGUGUUGUUGUGCGGGUCGGGGUGCCGUGGUGUGGAGGGUGGUGGGGGUCUUAGGUGAGACAGGUCGCGGCGGCCUCGGUUUCUGCUUGUUCUUUUGCAGGGGGUUGCGUUGUUUCUGUUGAUAUGGUUGAAGGGGGGCCAGGUUCCUUGGGGAGUGGGGAGUCUUGUCGGUGCCCCCUAUGUCCUCGCGCUCGGCGUGAUCGGCGGCGCGUCGCUCGUUUCGAGGUUCUGCCCACGUUUCGCAGUCGUCGCUGUUGGCGCCUCGUGGUCGUUGUUUUUUCGGGGUUGGGGAAGGUGUGUGGCCAAGGGGGGACGGGUGUUGAUAUGUCGUGGGGCAUUGCUGGCGAGGAUGGUUGGGCGCGUCGGUCUUCGGGUUGUGGCAGCCUGUGCUCUUGGUGUUGAGUGCGUCAUCGCUAGUCUGGGGCUGCGUGUUGGGUGGGUCCCUUGUUGUGUUUUCGUGUCUUCGCAGGGGGGUGGGGGGAUGUCGUUUGGCGGGGCGUUCUGUCGUUUGCUCUUCUUCGUCAAGCGCGUUCUCGGGUCUCGGUUCAAAAAUUCUAAUUUUUUUCUAAUUUUUUUUCUAAUAUUUAGGGCUAAUAUGUAGUUCUAAUUUUAGGGGUCUAGUAUGUCGUUCUAAUUUCGGGGUUAGGGAGGGGGGGGGAGGGCUUAAAAAUUUUUCUAAUAUUGGGUUCUAAUUUAUUUUGCGGGGCUUUUUGAGGGGUGUUUUUGGGUGUCUAAAAUUGUUCUAAUCGAUAUUCUAAUUUGAAUUCUAAUUCUUCGAGGGUGCAAAAAAAGAAACAACUUGGCACCCCCCUAGUGCGGGGGGGUCAAGUUGUUUCUUUUUUUGCGCCCCCGAAGAAUUAGAAUUCAAAUUAGAAUAUCGAUUAGAACAAUUUUUAGAAGGCUCUGGAAAAUAUUAGAACCCGGAUUAGCCUAUGAAAUUAGAAUAAUUUUUUGAGCGAUUUGGAGUGUGCACAGGUCCCGUCCGGGCCUGGUGUAGUUGCCGGACUCGGUGAGUGGCUCGUGAGGUUGGGGCUUGGGGUCGGCUCGCGGAACAGGGCCACUCCAGGGCCGUUGGGUUGCCGCGAUCGGCCUCCCCGGAGAGCGUGGCGCUGGCAGUGGUGUGUGUCUUUCGGGCAACCGCCUUGGGUUGGGGGUAGGUUAUUCCCAGCCCCCUCUGGGGGUCUUUUGGCGGGGUUUGCGUCGGAGGUCUUGCUGCGGUUGGUGUGGUCGCGGCGGUUGGUCCCACCGCGGCCCCCGCGCCCGGUUUUCGUGGUGGGUGUUAGGAUUUGCGGAAAUUCUCGGCCGUCGGGUUAGGUCUCCUGUUCUGGUGGUGCUUGCAGGGUGGUCUGGUGUUGCCCGUGGGGUGUCGGCUCUCUGGAUCAUUGUAGGAAGGUACGUGGAAGCUGGUGGGCCUUGUGGUGGAUGUGGUGCGCGAGUCUCCACGAAUUUCCAGCCGCCUGGCCUCGGGUUGUCUUUCUGUUGGUGUCGUGUUCGCGUGUGUGUCGUCGGUCUUCAGCUUGUGCCGCGCAAUCGGGGGCGGCCGUCGUUCGUUCGUGUGGUCGGUGUCUGGUGUGGUGGCUACUUGCGGGGUUUCUGCCGCAUUGGUUUCGCCGUCGCGUCGCUUGUCUUGUUUUAUAUAAGAAGAAGCCUGGGCCUUUUCGCUUCGGUGGCCUUGAAAAUUAGAAAAAUUUUAGCAGGCUUUUAGCGACUUAGGUUGGCUCGCGCGGUCACUUGAAGAGCCGGCGAGUGGAGCGCUGGGGGCUGAGCAGAACGAGGGCGCUGGCUCUUCUGUUCUCAGACCCCACGCCACCAGGCCUGUUCUCCAGCUUCAAGCCCAACGCAAGUGGGCGCUGAAGACCCGGGUAUCAAAGGAAAAAAAAUCCUCGUCCUCAGAUCCUGUUGCUGCGAAUUAAAUUGCCGCCAGGUGUUGAAGCUAGAUAGCGCAAGGCGGUCCAGGUAGCCGGGCUAUUGAGCCAGCGAAGGGCGAAGCCGUUGCUUCUGCAGCUCGCUGGACAAGGUUCCCUGGCUGCCUUAAGGCACAAAGCCAAAGAAAGCGAGCACACGAGAGGCAGCGCAGCAGGCCGGCGCGAAGUCUGCUGUGCGUCAAAGCCUGCGGGGCCACUUCGUUCAUGCCGUGGGCCCCACGGUCGGGCACUACGGUGGAAAACGCCUUCGCCCGAUCCAGGUCCACUCGACUCAGCCACCCCCCCUCCCCUCCUCGGCACGGCAUGGAACAACAAACGCCCGACGCCGUCCUCACUGUUGGUGUUUCAAGGUUUACUCAUCUGGCGGCCAUGGCGUCUUGGCGAUCGCCGUCAGAGGAUUUGCUGAAGAAAUGAGCAAAAAGAGGAAGGUCAAGGGGUCAGCUAACUUUUUUCUUUGUGUCCUAGAGUGGGACCUUUUUGGCACGCAAAACCUGAGGAGUUUUCGCGGAGCUUCGUGGGCCUAAGCCUCAGAGGAGGGCUCCGCGAAUCUCCGACAAAUGUGCCACAAAAUGGCACUUUUAUGUCGCGCAUCUUGGAGCGAUCCGAGAAAGGUCCUCAGACUUUGCAUGACACCCACAGACCAACGCAAAGGGCAGAACCUUGCAGCCGCAGCGCGCCCACCUACCACUGCUCUGCCGCGGCUACGCUGCGCCACAACCCGGCGCGCGCCAUCCGCGGCCUAUGCUUUGGCUGCCCACCUUGUUGUGCAGCCUCUCAGGGCCACCGCGUGACCCCUCUCCCGCAUAUCAAUACGCGGAAAGGCGCCGAAGGUGAGGCUGCAGCCAUCUUCGUCAGGGGACGAUCUCGAGAGACUGGCCAGGCACGCCCCUUGGGUGCGUCUGGCUUCUCGUCAAAUUCUAGCCCACCACCGACGGCCCCACACGCCAACAGCCCAAGCGGACGGGCGUGAUGAAGCGCUUUCGGGCUCGCUGCUUAUCGCCACACCUAUUCUGCGGAGUUCCCGCUUGAGUUUAUUUUUUUAAUUGCAGCAAGAUCUGAGGAUGAGGAUUUUUUUCCGGUCGAUGCCGGGCUCGCUCAUUCUAUCAUAUAAUAUAUGGACCGCCCAGAGUUCAGCGCGCCCCCUGCUUGGUGCUGCCCUGGGCUUGGUCUCAUUGGUUUAGUCUACCUUGUGCGUCACGUGUGGAGAGGAGUGGGGGCCGAGCAGGGCGGGGGCGCUGGUGUGGUCUGGGCCUUCUCUGGCCUGGCUUGUUCCUCCGCGCCUAGCUGCCGGACUGGUCUGCUGUUGGUGGCGUGGUCGGUGAUCCACAGCGCACACAACUGGGCUGGCCGCUGGCGCUGGGGCUGGACGUCGACUGACGUCACCUCAACCCACGGCCGCGCCGCGCGCGUCUUUGGGUUUAGUUUGUUUCUCAAUUAAUACGGCCCCCACUUCGAGCGCGACCGCGCUCAGCUUCGACGCUGUGUUGCCUCGUCUCACCUCACGCCAGACCAUGGCCCGCGUCCAGGAUAAGCGUGCGAGAUUGUUCAUUGUUGGCCUUUGUCGUUUCUAUGUUAGCUACUUUUCUGGUGCAGUCCACCAAGUGAGGCACGCCGUCCCGUGUGAAUUGAUUUGAAUAGCUGGCCUGUCUUGGGCUGGGCUGGGGUUGGUCGCUGGUGUUGGACUGGGAGCCUGUGGCUCCAAGUUUCCUCACGCGGGGCAGUGUUACUGCUCGAAAGGUUGAGAGUGAGAGGCGAAGCGAACGCGAAGGAGAGGGCGAGAGCAUGAGAGAGCACGACCGCAGCCCGCGGAAGCGAAAACAAAGCAGGAGGGAAGCAACAUAAGGAGCGAAGGGCACCAGCCCAGAAGGGCGCUGGCCGUUUGUCAGAACAGACGGGAGGGGGUGGCAUAAGGAUAAUAAGACUAGCCAGGUUAGCGCUAAGAGUGGAGAGACCAGACGGGCACAAGUGGACUACUACUAGCGCAAACGGCUGCGCGCCCGCUCUCCGCUGAGAGCCAGCAGAGCAGACGCGGCCGGGGACUGGUGGUGCCAUCUGCUGGCUGGUAGCAGGUUGCGUAGCCGUAGCGCGGAGGCGAGCUGAAGGCGAGCGGGUGAGGGGAUUCGGGUUGUGUCGUGUUACUUCCGCGCCACUCGGCUCGGCUCGCUUCACCUAAGUAAUGGCCCCAGCGCCAGCCCAGGCGGCCCCGUUUUGUUCUUUCUAUCUUGCUUCAGGUUGUGUGGGGCUCGAAGCCCAGCGCUGCCUCGCUUCGCUUCCGUCUGUCUUGUGUUCGCAUCAGCUAGCGAAGCCUGGGGCCUGGGCGUGGCUGGGCUUAGUAACAGUAGCCAGAGCGAAGCCAGCACAAAGAUAAGAGGCCAAACAAAGGGCGAAAGGCUGGACCCAUAAGCGACCAAAAGACCACCACCGCGGCGGUGCUUGUGUUUCGCAGUCUUUCACUUGGGGGAGUGUCCCUAGGUUUUGGAUGUUUUCGCCCAGGGAAGGUUGAGAAGGCGGGCGCCAGAGGCAGGCGCCGCACUUUCUUGGGGUCCCCCGGAGGGUUGGCGGUUGGAGUUCCGCGCCCUCUUUGCGGGGUCGAGUUGGGGUCUUUUAAUCCUUUGAAGAGGGGCACCCGCUUGAGGAUUAUGGAGACACGGGAGAGAUGGAAUCCCGCCCCGCCUGAUCGGUGGGCGCAUCAAGUCAAGCCAAGACGUUUUCGCCCGUGUCUGUUCAUGCACUUGCAUAAAAGAGAAAAACUCGCCACGCGGCCACUGUUUUCGUUUGCGUUUUCAGUCGUCCAGAGCAGAAAUGCUCCCAGGGCGUCCCCUUUUAUGCUCAAAAGCGAAGCGCCUUAACAACAAAAACGACCCGGAACAUGUGCCACGGGUUUGGUCUGAGUCAGGGUAGGGGUUGGAGCGUAAAACGCAACCGCUGGGGGGCUCUAAUUUCAGCCCAAGCCAGGCAGACAGACCUGCCGGGGGCCAAAUGCUGCCAGAAAAAUCCCACCUGGGCACAGGCUGAAAAUCAGAAAAAAAGGACGAAAACCACCGGGGAAGGCCCCCAAAUUGCGAGGAGCUAGCUUCCUCGAGCAAUUUCGGCCAGGCGGGCGGGCGCCCGGCCUCCAAUGGCGUUAGAAACUGGCUAAAAGAGUCGGCUUUUUAGGAUCUUGGGGCGCCUGCCUUGGGCUGUUGUGUGUCUGUUUCGUUUCUGGGGUUUUUCUGCUUUUCUCUUGUUGUUUUGUUGGUAUAUUUGCGAGCGACAAGGGGGGCGCUUCUGAGUGUGUUUCGGGGCCCGGAGCUUCGGGGUGUUAUCGUUGAAAAACAUUCCCAAAGGAUUUGCAAUCGCUUGGCGUUGUAGGUUGCUUGUGUGGGUAUCUCUUCGGCAGGUUUGGGCGGGUUGGUAUUUCUGCAGGAGCUCAGGCGCCUGCUUGGUGCCGUAGUUGUCUGCUUGGAAUGGAUGAUCGGAGGCCGCAGGGGGUUGGGGUGUGCCUUUGAAUCGGGGCGGGGUGCUGGUGGUCGAGCUCGGUGGCAGGGAGGUGCGCUGGGGGUUCGGUGGGUUAAGGGCAGUCGGGGCGGCAGGUUUAGGGCUUGGCGGUGUCGCUGCUUGGCUUUCUGGCCUCUUGGGGGUUCGGGUGCCCGAUUCUUACCCAAGGGGCCACGCAGGGGUCUGCGGGGUGCCUUCGUGGGUACCUCGGUGGGCCCUUUUUUAGCAAAGUAAAUUACUCUGGAACAAUCUAGCCGCAUAAGAUGGCAAAAAGUGAAGGGAUCUUCUAGAAAUUUUCUAGAAAUAAUUCAUUUUUGGUAUGGAGGUAAUUUCUUCGGGAGUUAUUUCCAUUCUUGGGCCCACAGGGGUGGACGGGAGCGAGGGGGGGCGCGGUAGUCUCGAGCUGUGGGCCCUUUUGUCUUUUCCCCCGUGGGGCUCCGGAAGAUGGCUGGAGGGCAAGAGCUAGCUGAUUAAUUGCAGGCCCUGGGGCAGGCGCUCGGCUUGUGUUCGGGUCGUGGAUUGCUCAGGGGUUCGCCGUUUCGGCAUUGUCUCCGUCUCUGGGUGCCUCUAGAUGUGUGAGUCUUCUGGGGUGGUUGGUUGUGCAUUCGGCUGGGCUUGGGUCUUGGGUUUUCAAAUUUUUGCGGAAUUUUUCGAAAGUUGUAACUACCAGCGGCCCUGGGCUCCAGUGCGUUUCUUCUCUUGUACUCUACAGAGGUUCCGCGGGUCUUGAAACCUGCGGCAGCGGAUCAAAAAUGACGACCGAAAAAGUCGCCGGGCUUUUUCGGUCGUUUUUUUCGAUCGGUUCCGGCUCUGUACGCUUUGGCUGAGUGGCUCGGCUCGGGGGUGCAUGUCUUAGGGGUGUCGGUUGAGGGGGGUGCAUUGCUGAAGCUGGUCAGGGUGACGAUAGGCUGUCGGCUUUCGGGUGUGAUGCUUCUGGCUUCCUGGGUGUUUUCGUGCUGCUUUUCAGUGGGUUGGGCUUGUUUGGGUUUGUCUUCUGUUGUUUGGUCGUCUUGGCCCGCCCCUUGUGGAGGAGCGAGGGCCGGGGGCAUUUAGGGGAGUGCCUCCGCCAUUGGGUGCCCACACUGAGCCACGGCCCCGGGGCUUGACGAUUGGCGCAACAGCUCGCGCGGAAGUGCUGGGCCUCGCACUCGAAGGGGGGGGGGACUCGGUAGGGGUCGCGUCUGGGCUUGGGGGGUGGGGUCCUGGUCGACGGUUAAAAAAACGGCUAAAAACGGUCACAAUUUUCCGACCUUUUCCCGGGUUGGAAGAAUUUUCCGACCUUUUCCCGGGUUGGGAGAAGGCGCUAAAAAAACCGCUAAAAAACGGCUAAAAUUUUUGGUCUUUUUCUCGUGUGAUUUCGCCUAGGAGUUGGCUACUUUUGCUUUUGGGGUCGGUUUAGAGCAGUCCCGCCAAGUUUUGGAAGGACGUGCCGCCGACUUUUUUAACCGCUUCCAAAGUUGGGGCUAUUUCGGCCUUGGAUUUUCACUGUUCCUAUAGCCGUCAACUUUAGCCGUCGACUUCAGCUAAGGUUGGAGACCACCGCGUCGAUGCGAAACAUGGCCGCGAGAUCUUCGCGAAAAGUUGCCCGGGUUGGUCUUCGUUGCCUCUGUCUUUUUGAGUAUGGAAAAGGAGGCGGCGCGGCCUCGGGUGCUUUGUCUUUGUGUUGUGUUCCUCUGUUGUUGACAGCCCCGGCGCCAGUUGAGUGCGGACCGCCCGCACGUCAUUGGCGUCGGCGCUGCUUGGAAUACAGCCGCGGCACGCCUGUGCAAGCUCCUCGAGGUGUAGAGAACCCGGGCGGAGGAAGGGGGAAACGCAGGCGGGGAAGCAGUGGCAAAGCGGGGCGGCGUUGGCCAUCUUUCUGCGCUUGGGCGCCUGGGUUGGCGCUUCGUUUUUUUCUCUAUAUGAAAAAAAAAAAUCUUCGCGAAAAGUUUGCGAAAUCUUUCAAAAGAAUCUUUGCGGAAUCUUUCUGAAAAGAUAAGCGCAUGAAGUUCCAACAUUGUCAAAACUUGUAAACUUUCCGCAAACAUUCCGCGAAGAUUUUGAAGUUUUCGUCUUCCAUGUUUUUUUGGUGAAGACAUGGAAAUAAGUCGCCGAGAACAAACUCGCAACAGCUUGCAACGAAACCGCAUGGGGCUCCGCGCUUGUCGUCUGUGGUUUUUGUGGUUUCUCUGUUCGUCUCUCCAGGCUUGGUAGGCCUCUGGCGUUGUGCAUUCGUUUGAGAAUUUGGCGCGAGGCUACGCCGCGGACUGGUUCGCCGGCUUGUGAUGCUCUCGGCGCAGUGGUUGGCUUGUCUGUGUGUGGGUUGUGUCGGUUUCGUUUUCGGAGCUCCUCUUGGCUUCGUUUUAAUGAGACAAGGACAAGGGCCGCGCGCGUGAGCCUCGGCAACUUUUCGCCAAGAUUUUCCGCCACCGGUGAUUGUCGGGCGCGGUGGUCUCCAACUAAGGGGCUCAGCGUUUACAGCGUCACCCUUCUAGCUUGGCGGCCUACCCUUCUAUCUUUGGGCCCUGUUUUGCUUGGGGUUGGAGAGUGGGUGUCGGGCUGCGCGGGUUGGCUUACGUUUGGCGGGUGUUCUUCAGGUGUGUGGGUGAGUAGUGGGCCGCUGACCCUUGUUAGGUGUGCGUGUGUUGGCUGUUACAGCUGGCGGAUGGGGGGCGGGCUCAGCUGUAAUCGCCCAGGGGGGGGCUUAGAUCUUAUGGCCUGGUUACGUCAUGCUCUUUUUUGGCACAGCUACAGUCAGUGAGCCAGAGCCAGUCAUGGGGGAGGAUGUGUUGUCGGUAAGGUCUUUUCUGUUGGCAGAGAACUAUGCGUAAGAGGCCUGGCGGCACUGGCCUUCCUUUGUAUGUGUUGUGUGGCUCAGCCUGUCUCCGCGACUCAUCUUUAGGGCCGUCGGUCCUUGAGGUAAGACUCCUCACAAUGGCAAUUGCUUAUUUUGGUGCACAGUCUUGCGCGUCGGGAAGUUCCACGCAGAAACUUUGGCUGGCUAUUUUCGUAUCGUUUUGCAGUAUAUGGGCGCGCGCUGAGGGGUACCAUACUAACCGCUCGGUCCGCCAGCCUUCUUCGAUGUAUUUAUUUUUCAAAUUCAAUAUCCAGAUGCCGGAGCCGAGAUUGAUGGAAACUCGAUGUAUCCGCAGUUUGCCUGCAAGUUUCGCAGCGAGUACAAGAACUCGCCGGAAGCUGGAGCGGGCAAGUGCGACUCGAACAGCGACUAAGGCCUCCUUGAUGACUCAAAAGCACAAACCUGCAAACCCGCGCUCCCUAUCUGUGGGCCCUGCAUGUGCCGAGUUUAGUUAUCUAUUUCAUUCUUAGAAGAACUCAUGUGCGACACAUGAUCACAGUAGGACUCUUGAUGCGUAGUAGUUUGAAGGAGCAGAAUAACAUACCAAGGGCAAGGGCUAACAACAAGACUCAAGAACUUCUAAUACAGUUUGCGGUUCUAUCAGCGCACGGCAGGGUUCAUCACCGGAAGCUAA